UCAUUCGCUAGAAAGGAUGCUCUGCCGCAAAUACCCUGGCAUCUCGGCGUUGGAUCCUGAACAGAUGACGUCGAUGGAAUCCUUCCAGUCGAUUAGCCCUCACAUCUCUUCACCAGAGAUUACCAUUUCCGCAACCGACGGCUUGGAAUUUCACCUUAUUGGUCCUUCAUUACGAUGAUCGGCAUUAUUGAGGAUGGUCUGACUACAAGGCUGACCCCAAGGAUUAUUCGCAUGUAUGAACCGCGGGGAAGGAACACGCUUCUCUCGUCUUUGGUGUAAAAGACUAGAAAUAACGUUGCUUCGCACGCCCGCCGCCGUACGCUGGGCGUCGUUUCUCUAGACCUCAUGCCUCUCUUCAUUCCUCACGCAUUGCUUGUUUUACCGCCGUUCCAGGGCAAACAUCUGCAGCUUACAGGGGCUUCAGGUACAACAUAAUUGGUCCAAUACCAGUCUGGCUACAAAAUGGCGUCGAACCCAGACAACGGUCCCACUGGGGGUGAGAAACCCGCACGGCGAAAGAACUCAGAUCAAUCCGACGUUUCUCGAACUGAAAUCGAGCAUCGCCUGAGCAGCGACAACACCGCCGACGCCGGCGGGCCGUCAGUUUUAUUCGACUCCAGAAUGGAUCCCGAAGAGCGAAAACGACUUGAAGCCUCCGCCAAGCUGGAGAACCCCUUGGCCGGCCUCAGCCAGCACCAGCUGGCCGAAAGGGGCGAGGAGUUCUGCCGCAAGCACGGCAUUACCGCCGAAGACGACAUUCGAGCCUUCCGAGUCGGCGCCAUGAUCGCCGGCAACAUGAACAAGUACGAUACCGUGUCGGACCUGACGGAACGCGAGCGCGAGGUGCUUGAUAGGGAGAUCACACAUAAGUGGUCCAAUCCGUCCAUGCUGUACGCCGUCAUUGUCAUCUGUUCUCUCUGCGCUGCCGUGCAGGGUAUGGACGAGACGGUCGUCAAUGGUGCUCAAUCAUUUUACAAAAAGGACUUCGGUAUUGGCAACGCGGAAUCCCAGAGAGACUCGUGGCUUGUCGGCCUUGUCAAUGCUGCCCCCUAUAUUUGCUGCGCCUUUAUAGGUUGCUGGCUUACUGAACCCAUGAACAAAGUAUUCGGCCGUCGAGGAACCGUCUUUGUAUCCUGCGCUAUUUCCGGGUUGGCCUGUUUUUGGCAAGCGUUUACCAAUACGUGGUGGCAUAUGUUCAUCGCUCGUUUCUUUCUGGGCUUUGGAAUUGGUCCAAAAUCGGCUACUACGCCCAUAUUUGCUGCUGAAUGUUCCCCGCCAAAGCUGCGAGGAGCAUUGGUUAUGCAAUGGCAAAUGUGGACAGCCUUCGGUAUCAUGGUUGGUUACGUUGCCGAUCUGGCUUUCUAUAAAGUGCCGGCGCAUGUGCCCGGGUUAAACUGGCGUCUUAUGAUGGGCUCUGCCAUGAUCCCCGCUGUUAUCGUCUGCUGCAUUGUCUUCUUCACCCCGGAGUCUCCCCGUUGGUACCUCACCAAGAACCGUCACUCCAAAGCCUACGAGGCCAUCUGCAAGCUGCGUUACGAAAAGGUUCAGGCCGCUCGCGACUUGUUCUACAUGGACACCCUACUCCAGGUCGAGAAGGAGGCCAUGAACAUUGGUCACAGCAAGAUCAAAGAGAUACUGACGGUCCGCCGCAACCGCAACGCCAUGCUCGCGUCUGAGAUAGUCAUGUUCAUGCAACAAUUCUGCGGCGUCAACGCCAUUGCCUACUACUCCACCGAGAUCUUCCUCGAAUCCAACUUCGACGAGAUCUCGGCCCUGUCCGCAUCUCUCGGAUUCGGCAUCAUCAACUGGCUGUUUGCACUUCCGGCUUUCUACACUAUCGACACCUUCGGGAGGAGAAAUCUUCUGCUCACCACAUUUCCGCUCAUGUCCUUGUUUAUGUUCUUCACGGCGUUUAGUUUCUACAUUCCCGAGGAUUCGAAAGCACACGUCGCUUGUAUCGCACUGGGCUUAUACCUCUAUGGCAUGGUGUAUUCCCCGGGUGAAGGACCGGUGCCGUUCACGUAUUCAGCAGAAGCAUACCCGCUGUACAUCCGCCCCAUCGGCAUGUCGCUCGCCACGGCAACGACCUGGUUCUUCAACAGCGUAAUCAGCCUGACCUGGCCCUCGAUGGUACAAUCCUGGAGGCCCCAAGGCGCCUUCUCUUGGUAUGCUGUCUGGAAUUUGAUCGGCUGGCUGCUCGUCCUUCUAUUUGUACCUGAGACAAAAGAGAAAACCCUCGAAGAGCUGGAUUCGGUUUUCAAUGUUCCCUUGCGGAGUUUCGUCUCCUUCGGCGUCAAGCAGUUCUUCUACUUCUGGGGCCACUACAUCCUGCGUCGGGACAUACCCGCGCCUAAGUCCCCGAGCACGCGCGACACGAUUGAGUAUCAUGAGAAGCAAUUUACCCAAGAGAGGGAGCAUGAUCCUCCUGCGAGAGUGUAGCUGUGCCGUUGCUUGCUUGAGGCGGGUGACUGAUACGUCUCGCCUCGAGCUUGAGCACCAGCAGGAGGAGGGGGUGUAAUUGGGAUUUGUCGAAGGGUGCGCUCUGGAAGUCCAUGUGCUACCAUUGUUUUUCCGCAUAUUGACGAAAUCAUGUGAGGCGUCACGGAAGUCCCUCACACGAAUGAUGUGGAGGAGUAAUGAGAGUCUUUCGCUCCAUGCAUCUUUCGGUCGUCUUGACGACAUUGCGCAUGUAAUGUAUAUGUGACCAGUUUAUUCAGGUAUUCUAUCAUUUGAAGGCAUCUCAUCUAUUUAUACCACAGCCUGGCACAUAAUAAAGUAAAUCAUAAUAGUUGCGGUAGCAAAACAUCCUCCUUUCAAACCGCAGUUGGUUUCUGCGUUUCUCACCUGGGAGGGAUCCCCUGAGCCUCUCUAAAAGUAGACAAACGGCUUCCACCCACCCCAUCC